AUGUCGUGGACGUCGACUCAGCUAGCAGAGAGAAGUCCAUCGAUACAUGCCGAGCUAUGGAAUCCAGAUUCAUCACUGUUAAAGUGUCGUGACUUAUCAAACCUUCCGCAAAAUACCGAAACACUUCUCUUCCACAUACUCACUCUGCGUAUAAUCCAUUCUCUACCAAAUGCAAAAACACCCUCAACACCACUCAAUAAAUUCUUGCUAUCACAAAUUUCAGCAGCAAAAACAUCAAUAACAAUCUACACUCCAAAUAUUACAUACACACCAGUCAUAAAUUCAAUAUUCGAAGCAUUAGAUAAAGGUGUUGAUGUCCGCAUUGUGGUCUCGAGAAAGCUGAUGAUCCUAGAGCAAUUAGUAACAGCCGGCACGAUUACUGAAUGGGAGGUAUGGAAGAUGAAACGUCGAUAUCGUAAGCUUGUAUCUCGCUCAUCACGGAGGGUCGAUGACAUUGAAGCCGGUAAUUCUAGAAUAGGAGCUUUAGAAGUUGUGUAUUUCAAUCCCGCUCUCGUUCGUAUGAGUGAUUCCCAUAACCGGAAUACGAUGACUGAUGGAACACUGGCGAGAGGAUUUGAGAGCAUGGGAAAGGAGAGCAAGCCAGUCAAACUUCAUCUCAAAAUGACGAUAAUUGACAAUGAAAUAACCAUUCUUGGGAGUGGCAAUAUGGAUCGGGCGAGUUGGGUGACUAGCCAGGAGUUGGGAGUCGCAAUUUUUUCUGAGGAAGUAUCUAACCAAUUGAUCGAAGUUGCAAGGGGGGUUUACGGAUGA